AUGGAAUGGAAUGAAGAAUGUACUAUUCCUAAAAACGUGUUCGGAGAAGCGUUGAAAGGAAUAAGUGUCAGCAAAGCAACGGCAUUAUACCUAGCAACGUUUAUGGAUAAAACAGAGAUGGUUAGCAAGUUAAUCAACUGCGCUGGAGAAGACAACAUCAAAUACUGUUUUAAAAACUUAGAGUUGAGCGACCCAAUGGAAACAGAGUACAUGCUGAAUCUAGCCCAACUAUUGAAACGGGAACAUUCUGAACUUGAGCCUGCCAUUAUUCCAGGUCAUCGCGUAGGUAAAGAUGGCGAACGCAAAAGAGUUUUCAUUGUGUAUUCCAAAAAAAUAACCAAUGCUUCUUGCAAAUAAGAUGAGAGUUUAGGUAUGGUUAUGAAGCAGAACCCAUAUGCAUUUACAAAAAAAAAGGUAGAUGAUUUCAAAAAAGACAUGAAGAUUUCAGGCGAAGACAAAAUACGAGCCGAAAAAGCCAUAGCUAGAAACCGGGACAGGCUUUGGAGAGAUCAUAGCAACUUAAACAUAAUUGGUGUCAGUCCAGUGAUAUACCGGAGCAAUGGCGCGAAUAUUAUCCAGAAACCAUGUAUUGUUCUCUACUGCAGUACAAAGGGCGUAGUGCCACUAGAUGAACCAGAUUUUCCGAAACAGUUAGACAUAGAAAAGGAUGACUCGAUAGAUGUUGAUGUGCAUGAAGGCUAUUUCCUUCCUGGCGGAUACAGUUCACUCCCAAGUACUUCCUACCAUGAUGUUCUCAAAAUGGGCUGCGAUAUUGGACGGUCGACACCUGUCGGGGAUCCUCCUCGGUUUCUUGGCGGCACACUUGGUCCGUUUGUGAAAUUCAAUAACAAGAUUGGCUUUCUCACUUGUGCGCACGUACUGUUUGGUAUUGCUAACCCGACAACAACACUGGAUUACAAAUAUGACGUAAAUAAUAAAAUUGAAGUCGUACAGCCCUCCUCUGAUACAACGACAGUCAACGGGCCACCAAAACCAUGCGGACAUGUCAAGAGAGCAAUUUUCAAUCCAGAACUAAAUCCAAGUAUUGAUGCCGCUGUCGUUGAAUUGACUGACAGACUUCCCAAUAAAGGCCAGUUUUCGAACACUAAACACAGUAGCUACAAAGAAGCAGGGUUUGAAGAACUUCCUGAGUACAACAGUGGAAAAGUUCGAAGGGACCUGACACAUUGUGGUGAAUAUCCGGUUUUCCAGUUUGGAAGCAGUAGUGAUGUCACAAAAGGGACAGUUAGCAUGUGCGGAGUAGACGUAAGACGUCUGUCGGCAGCUCUGGGUUUGCCCCUAGGUAACGGGGAUGUCCAGAUGAAAAAUCAGUAUCAAGUGCGCGGUGCCAACCCAGCCGUAUCGUUUAGCUCACAGGGGGAUUCGGGCUCAGCUGUUUUCAUGAAAUCAUCGGAUGCUGAUGAUAUGAGAUGCAUCGGGAUGGCAAUUGGGAGCACGCAUGUUGAUAAGGACCGCUGCCCAUCGGCUGUUGUUACACCUAUCGGUGCAGUGUUGGACGCUCUGGGCUCCGAUUACAAAAUAGCCUCGUUUCCAUGA